GCCCAGCCCUGCAGCUGCUCUCUGGCUCAACAGGUUACUGCUGCUGCUGCUCUUAGUCACUGGAAUCUAGGUGGGGCUCUCUCCUCCCUUAGUGCCUUUCUGCUGAUUAAAAAGCAGCUCGCUCUCUCUCACACACACUCUCACAACACCCCGCCCUGCAGAAUCCAGAAAGAGCUCUCAGGCUUGUGCACCCGUUCUCUGCUGAAGGCCCUGACUGCUGCAUGAGAUGGCGACGUGUACCCUUGCCUGCUGGAGAUGCAGGUGGCUCCUGCCCCUUCUCCUGGGCUUAGCUAUCAUCUUGGGCAUCAUUGCGCUGUCCGGCCGGGGCUGGCUGGAAUCGGAGUCAGCGCCCUACCGGCACCAAGCGUCAUUAUGGGAGUCCUGCACCCGGUGGGAUAAUGACUUCGACUGGCAAUGCCAGUCCCUCAUGGACUACUCCUGGGGAAGAGCAGCAGCUGCCACCUACCUCGUCGGCUUCGUGAUCCUAGUCAUCUGUUUCGCCCUAGCAAUUAUUGCGUUCUCCGUUGAUAUACUUCGUUUCAACUUUGUGCGAGGAAUCGGUGGCUUGCUCUUUGUCGUUGCGGUAUUCCAGAUCAUAUGCCUGGUCAUCUAUCCAGUGAAGUUCACAGAAGACAUCCAUAUGAGGGGAUUUAAUAUGUUCAGCUGGGCAUACGGCUUUGGUUGGGCCAGCACUAUUAUUGUAAUAGGCUGUGCUUUCUUCUUCUGCUGUCUCCCCAACUGGGAGGAUGAGGUGCUGGGUAACAUCAAGCCAGCAUAUUAGUACUCUUCCCCAGAGAGGAGUUGAAAAGCACAUUGUAUAAAAUGAAAGAAUAAAUUAAAAUAUAAACACACUAAAAAUUACAGCGCAGGAACUUUGAUAAUUGGAUGUUACAGGCUGAAAAAAAAAAUCUUAUUUUUCCAGAAUGUUUUGAACUUGUGCUGAUGCUCAGUUAGCAGAAAGGCUUGGCAACCUGAAGCAAACAUUUGAGAAAUUUUAGGUAAAAGAUCAGAAAGUUUGUAUUUUCAUAUUCAUAUCCGAUAUGGAUUGAUUUUGGGUUAGUCAAUGUGUUGCCUCUCUCUACAUGCAAAAGUUCCUAAUAAUUAAGUCACUCUCUUCCACACAUUUGUUUAGACAUUCAUAUAUAAAAAGAAUUUAGUACUUAAAGUACAGAGGGAGAGAAACAGAAGUGCAUUCUGAUUUUAACCAGAAACACUGCAGAGCCCUUUUAUUCCCUUCCUGGUAUCUUUGUUUUUAUGUUUUAUUUGCAAAUUUGUCAGUAGUGAAAUAGAAUUAAAAAAAAAAUCUUUCAAAGAAUGUUUUUUUCUUCCAACAUAAUUAGUCCCAAAGGAAGAAUUUUUGCUAUGCAAGUUCAUUGCAAUCCUAAGUCUCCAAGAAUUUCUUCUCUCCUCCAUAUUAUUGGGCUGAUGUCCAAUACUAAGUAGUAGAAAUUGGAUCUAGAGAAAUUAGAAACUUAAAACAAAAUAUUUUUCCACUGACCGUUGCAGUUAGAUGGUAUGUUCCUCAAAAGCAUAAAGUGAAUAUCUGUGUGUACAAUAUUAAUGAUGUGCGCUGGUGUAACAUUUAUUGGCAUUCGUUUGUGAAGACUGCAGUACUCAUAUGUGAUGAAACCAUGAGUGAAUAACACAAAUCAUUCCAAGAGUACCAAUAAAACCUUCAAACCAUCAAA